UGACAGAACAAUCUGACAGAUAACACAUCACUCAUAAUGGUCCAAAAUCCAGACCUACCCCAGCCAGUGAAAAACAUUGGCAUUACAGAGGCAUUACAGAUCUCCCAGCUGUGGAAUAGGUGGCCCACAUCUGAGAAGGCUGUGUGUGAGACUGUUUAGGCCAGAAGACAGAGAUGGACAUCCUGGAAACAAAUGCUUAUGACCGUAGACAACACAGGAACACGACCUGUGUACUGUUUCUUUAUCUCCUCCCUUUUUUUGCAUCCUGUAUUAUAUACUUCUACCUGUGGAUCCCAGACUCCGCCCCCUCUCUUCUGGCUGCUGGCAUUAAGGCUUCUCCCAUCCUCUGUCUGGUCCUUCUGGUGUUCAGCUAUAAUGGAGGGCGGAGUCUAGUGGGUGUGGCUGGAGGGUUGCUGCUCUCAGCGGGCGGAGACUGUUGCCUUAUUUGGCCAGAACUUUUUAUCCAUGGAAUGGGCUGUUUUGCACUGGCCCACUUACUUUACUCUAUUUCCUUCCUGUCCUCUCGAUAUUCUGCAACAUCUUCAUCUUUCUCAUUCUUUAUCCUCUACCUCAUCCUGUGGUUGUUCGGCAUUGGCAUGUAUGUUUACCUGGUGCCCUUCCUACGUCUUGAUCCAGAAGCUGACCUCCUCGUCCCAGCCAUAGGGGGCUACAUGCUGCUCAUUGUCAUCAUGGCCACACUGGCUGCUCGUACACGGCGGCCUCUCAUCCUGCUGGGCAGCCUGGUCUUCAUGGCCUCUGACCUCACAAUUGCACUGACAAAGUUCAAUGUCUUUGAUGUCGAAUACAAAAAGCACAUUAUUAUGACAACAUACUACAUGGCACAGCUGAUGAUUGCGCUGGGAGACGUGAAGGCAGCGCUGGAGCAGGACGCUGAUGAUAUCCACAAGUGGAAGAGAUCAUAAGACUGCUGGUUCAGUGAAAGCUUUUCACAGUUAACACACAAUUACUGUGUGCACAUGCUUUACUGUACAUCCCUAAAUAUAAGACAUAUUACACAGUCUGACUUAUUAACUACUGUCUAACUUUCACUACAGCCGAUGAACUUGGCCUGACAGGCUCUACGCUGAACUGAACUGAUUUGAACUAUUAUGAGAAUUUGGAGCCCCCAAAUGUUAAGUGAAUGGAAUUGUUGUUGUUGCCCUUUUUGCAGAAUUUCGUACUAAGGUAUUGAAUCUUUUUUUGUCCAACACACACAUUCAUCCUCAGAUGCUUCACGAACCUUUGCUAGUAUAGAGCAGAGAUGCGUCUGUCGAACUAAAAUAAUGCACAUUAAGUCACAGUAGUGUUACAGAUUUGUGUUUAUGGACUGAUUCAUGGUACUUUCGUUCAUGGUAAAGUUGCAGGAAAAAAAAAAAAAAAAUGUCAAAAUGUAAUUCUGUCGACUUUAUGUAAUGAAUAUAUUAUAGUACAGGCUAAA